AUGGCACAAAGAGGACGCAGCGCGUGUCUGGAGCGCCUUCUCUUCAUUUUUAUUGUUCAGAAUCUUCUACUUAAUUUCACUCUGGCGCAGUUGCGAUAUUCUAUCCCUGAAGAACUCCCGGUCGGUGCUGUUGUUGGAAAUGUGGCUAAAGACUUAGGACUGGAGCCCGGUGCUUUGACAGCGCGAGGAUUUCGCAUUGUUUCUGGAUCGAUUGAAUCCCCUUUCCAGCUCAACAGUAACGGAGUUCUACACGUCAGCCGUAAAAUAGAUCGAGAAGAGGUGUGCGAACAGAUCACUACGUGUAUUAUCAACAUAAAGACUGUGCUGGAGAACCCCUUAGAGGUCCAUUAUGUCGGUAUUGAGGUUUUAGACGUGAACGACCACUCCCCCACGUUCAUGGACAACGAGACGCGUUUGGAAAUCUCGGAAUCUGCAUUGUCAGGAGCGCGAUUUCAGCUGCAAGGCGCACGAGAUCCUGACAGUGGCACGUUCUCCGUUCAGCAGUACAAGCUCAGUCAAAAUGAUCACUUUCGUUUGGAGAUAAAAGAUAGAGGGCAGGAUGGAAAAAUUCCUGUUUUGUAUUUGUAUAAACCGUUGGACAAGGAAGCUGCGAGAAGUCAUAAAUUACUGCUCACAGCUGUUGAUGGAGGAAAGCCUGCCAGAUCAGGAACAAUGGGAAUUAUUGUUGAUGUCUUAGAUAUAAAUGACAAUAUGCCUGUGUUUGACAAAGAGUCAUACACAGCUGUGCUGAAUGAAAACUCUCCUGUUGGCACUACAAUUAUACAGGUAAAUGCCACAGAUCUGGAUGAUGGUUUAAACGGUGAUGUGGUUUAUUCAUUUGGCAAUAAUGUAAAUGAUAAAUUGCGUAAACUCUUUGAUGUAGAUUCCAAUACAGGAGCAAUUAUUGUUAAAGGGCUGCUAGAUUUUGAGGCAAAGGAAAAAUAUGAAUUAGACAUAAAAGCUUCAGAUAGAGGACAAGCACCUUUAGCAACCGAAAAAAGUGUUAUAAUAAAUAUUGUCGAUUUAAAUGAUAACAUCCCUGAGAUUGAAGUGACAUCCUUUUCUAGUUCAGUUCCUGAGGACUCCAAACCUGGAAGGACAGUAGCAUUAAUAAGUGUGGGUGAUAAGGAUUCAGGUGUAAAUGGAAAGGUCAUUUGUGCCAUAAGUGAUGAUGUGCCUUUCACAUUAACAACUUCUUUACAAGAAAACAUGUACUCUGUGGUCACUAAAGCUAAGUUGGACAGAGAGCAGAAGUCCAAAUAUGAAGUGACAAUUGUUGCAAAAGAUGCUGGGGAACAAUCACUGUCAUCUCAGAAAACAAUGAAUGUGAUCAUUUCAGAUGUGAACGACAACAGCCCAGAGUUUUCAACAAGUCCGUAUACAUUUUAUGUGACUGAGAACAAUGCUGCGGGAGCCUCAUUGUUUUCUGUGAGUGCUCAGGAUUGUGAUGAGGCUGARAAUGCCCUUAUUUCUUAUAAGAUUUUAAGAAAUGGUGAUGACCAUAAAACACUGACUUCAUUUCUGAACAUAAACUCUGAAACUGGGGAGAUUUUUGCGCUGAAAAGUUUCGACUUUGAGAAUCUGAAAACUUUCCAGUUCCAAGUUGUGYCCACAGAUUCUGGAGCUCCGUCUCUGAGCAGCAACGUGACAGUGAACGUGUUCAUUCUGGAUCAGAACGACAACGCUCCAGUCAUCCUYUAUCCAGUCAGCUCCAACGGUUCUGCUGAAGGUGUGGAGGAGAUUCCCCGCAACGUGAACGCAGGACACUUGGUGACUAAAGUCAGAGCCUAUGAUGCUGAUAUAGGAUAUAACGGCUGGCUACUGUUCUCACUGCAGGAAGUCAGUGACCACAGUCUGUUUGGUUUGGACCGCUACACAGGACAGAUCAGAACACUUCGCUCGUUCACAGAGACAGACGAGGCUGAGCAUAAACUGCUCAUACUGGUCAAAGACAAUGGCAACGUGUCCCUGUCAGCAACAGCUACUGUCAUUGUCAAACUGGUGGAGCCCAAAGAGGCUUUUGCAGCUUCUGAUGUGAAAAGUGCAGCAAAAGAUGAGGAGGACAAUAAUGUGACUUUUUACCUCAUCAUCACUCUGGGCUCAGUGUCAGUUCUGUUCCUCAUCAGCAUCAUCGUGCUGAUUGCAAUGCAGUGCUCCAAAUCCACAGACUAUUCUUCUAAAUAUCUGCAGGAGGCUAAUUAUGAUGGGACACUGUGUCACAGCAUCCAGUACAGAUCUGGAGACAAACGCUACAUGUUAGUUGGACCCAGGAUGAGUAUAGGAUCUACUUUAGGACCCGGAAGUCAUGCAAACACUCUGGUGUUACCUGACAGGAGGAAAACUUCUGAGGAGAUGGCAUAA